CCAUGUCCAGGCUUCACCUGGCGCCCCGACCCGACCCCCCACGAGCAAGCUUUCGAGGCCAUGCGCGCGGCCCUCGAUAAGGGCAUGAACUUCUGGAACGGCGGCGAAUUCUACGGCACGCCCGAGUGCAACUCCCUGACUCUCCUGGAGGCCUACUUCGCCAAAUACCCCGAGGACGCCGACAAGGUAGUUCUCAGCAUCAAAGGCGCUGUCGGGCCCCACGGCCCCGACGGUUCGGCCGAGGGCAUCCGUCGUUCCAUCGACAACAUCCUCAAGCUGCUCAACGGCCGCAAGAAGCUCGACGUUUUUGAGUGCGCCCGCCGUGAUCCCAAGGUAUCCAUGGAGGAAACCUUUGGCGCCAUGCAGGAGUACAUCGACAAGGGUCUGCUGGGCGGCAUCUCGCUCAGCGAGGUGUCCGCGGCGACCAUCCACGAAGCUGUCAAGCACACCAAGAUCGUCGCCGUCGAGGUCGAGCUGAGCAUAUUCAGCCCCGACGUCCUCACCAACGGUGUCGCCGCCGCGUGCGCGCAGCACGACAUCCCACUCGUCGCGUAUUCGCCCAUCGGGCGCGGCAUCCUCGGCGGCAACCUGCGCACGCCCGCCGACCUCCCACCCCUAAUCCGCACCUUCCCGCGCUUCUCCGCCGAGAACUUCCCGGCCAACCUCGCGCUCUACACACACGUCAACGAGCUGGCGCGGGCCAAGGGCUGCACGGCGGCCCAGCUGGCGCUGGCCUGGACGCGCCACCUUUCGGCGCGGCGGCGGGGGAUGCCGACGAUCGUGCCGAUCCCCGGGUCGACGUCCGCGGCGCGCGUGGCCGAGAACGCGGUGCAGGUCGCGCUGGGCGAGGCCGAGAUGGAUGCGAUUGAUGGGAUUCUGGCGACGUUUGAGGUCCGCGGGGAGAGGUAUCCGGGGCAUGUGGCGGUGAAUACUUAG